AGGAAGGACAGAGUGACAGUUGCAGAACGAGAAGCAGAGGAGCAGAGACAGAAAGAGCUGGAAAUCGAGGCCAAAAAACAGGCUGAAGAGAGGCGGCGAUACACACUGAAGAUCGUAGAGGAAGAGGCCAAGAAAGAGUAUGAGGAGAACAAACGUACUCUGGCUGCUCUUGAUGCUCUGGACACCGAUGGAGAAAAUGAGGAGGAGGAGUAUGAGGCCUGGAAAGUGAGGGAACUGAAGCGUAUUAAGAGGGACAGAGAAGACAGAGAAGCAAUAGAGAAAGAGAAAGCAGAAAUCGAGAGGUUUCGCACUCUUACUGAGGAAGAGCGAAGAGCAGAACUGCGGACAAAUGGAAAAGUCGUCACCAACAAAGCAACAAAGGGCAAAUACAAGUUUCUGCAGAAGUACUAUCACAGAGGAGCUUUCUUCAUGGAUGACGAGCAAGAUGUCUUCAGGAGAGACUUCAGUGCUCCAACUCUUGAGGACCAUUUCAACAAAACAAUCUUACCUAAAGUCAUGCAGGUCAAAAACUUUGGACGUUCCGGACGUACAAAAUACACGCAUCUGGUGGAUCAGGACACCACUUCAUUCGAUUCUGCCUGGGCUCAGGAGAGCGCUCAGAACAGCAAGUUCUUCAAACAGAAGGCAGGGGGCGUGAGAGACGUGUUCGAUCGGCCAACAGUGCACAAGAGGAAGACAUAAUCUUAUUUAUGGUAGAAGAGCAAAUUCAGCUCAAACAAGGACACUUUUAAACUUCUUUUUCCCCUCCAUCACCUUUGUUCUGCUAGUGAUAAAGAAAUCUCAUAAAGACAUGAAAUCUUUAUUGCA